CCAAGAACCUUUUAUCGAUUGAGUAUCAUUAUCUCAAUCCCUAGCUUUUGUUCCCAUACUCGUCGCUGUGAAGUUCCAAGAUGACUACCAAGUUCGAGACGCGACUUUUCAUCAAUGGCAAGUUCGUGGAUGCUAGCACGCCUGAGCGUUUCUCGUGCUGGAAUCCGAAGGAUAACUCACUCAUCUCUGACCAACUCCACGUGGCAACUGUAGACGAUGUGAAUGCUGCUGUCGCUGCAGCGCGAGCAGCCUUUCCCCUCUGGGCGGCCACUCCGCCUAGUCGACGCCGUGACAUACUUCUGAAGUUCGCAGACCUCAUCGACGCUCAUAGGGAGGAGAUUUCCGGGCUGGAGGUAGCCACGGGUAAGCCUGUGACCAUGGCACGCGGUUUUGAGAUAGAUUUUGGUCUACGGAUCCUCAGAUAUAGCGCCGGCUGGGCCGACAAGCUUCUUGGAGAGACAGCACCGGCCGACAGCGACGAUGGAAUGCUUCGCAUCAUUACCAACGAACCACUUGGUGUGUGUGCUGGCAUCUGUCCGUUCAACGUUCCAAUUGCCAUGGCACUCGCAAAAAUCGCUCCUGCACUCACUGCUGGAAACUCCAUCAUCAUCAAGCCUUCCGAAAAAACACCCCUGGGUACGCUUGUCCUUGGCCGCCUUGCUAAUGAGGCCGGAAUUCCUCCCGGUGUGCUGAACAUCGUGCUGGGCGGCGGACAGACCGGUGCCCUCCUUGCGUCGCACAUGGGCGUUGACAAAGUAUCCUUUACGGGCAGCAAUGCCACUGGCAAGAAGAUAGCUGUGGCCGCAGUGAACAGCAAUCUGAAACGCGUCUCGCUGGAACUUGGUGGCAAGUCCGCUGCCAUCAUUUUCCCAGACGCAGACCUUGACAAGGCUGUCCGUUGGUGUACUAUUGGUAUCACGACCAAUUCAGGCCAAGGCUGCAUCUGCACGUCUCGAAUCUAUGUCCACAAGUCCAUCAGGGAGCGCUUCCUUUCGCUGUUCAAGCAAGCCUUUAUAGCCGUUGAAGCGUCCGCCGGUGACCCAACGUCGCCAGCUACGGGACUUGGACCAGUAGUUGACAGACUCCAGUUCGAGCGGAUAAUGGGCUAUGUCGCUUCUGGGAAAGAACAAGCAACUCUGUUCCAGGGUGGAGAACGAAUUGGUGAUCAGGGUUGCUUUAUCCAACCCACCAUCUUUGUCGACCCGUCUCCAGACGCGAAGAUACUCCACGAAGAGAUCUUUGGCCCCGUGGUUGUCGUCAGCGACUUCGAAGACGAGGCGGAUGUUAUUGCACGAGUAAACGACACGCCGUACGGUCUUAGCGGAGCCGUAUACUCUCAAGACAUCAACCGAGCACUGCGUGUAUCGUCCCGAAUUCACAGCGGCACAGUGUGCAUCAACUCUAGUCUGCAGGUUAAUGCAGAAGUCCCAUUUGGAGGCGUGAAGCAGAGUGGAUGGGAAAGAGAAUACGGCAAGGACGGUGUGCUCGCUUAUACAGAGAAGAAAACAACCUUUAUCAAUUUAAAUUAGGGGUUACAUGUUUUCUGCAUCUUAUAUGUUACAAGCUUUCCCUUAUUGCAGUCAAGUCCAGCUUAACAUCAGUUCCAUCUGUUGAUAGGGCCCGCUCUCAUGCUGCAGUGGAAGUGGGCUACAAGCCCAGGCCACUGACGCUAUUAACAUGCGCGGCAUAGAACAACCAGUUAAUAUAUACAAGACUGACGACGAGAAGCCCUCUUUGUGCAAUCAGAGUCUUUGACAGGGCCCGAACAGCUCGUCCACGCAGACGCACCACCACCACCUCUUGAGCACGCGGGUACAUGGUCGUUCUUCCCAUCUCUACUUUGGCUUGUCGGGUCUCUUGAAACCAUGGGGCCAUUUUUACGAAUGCACAGACACUGUCUAGGACGUUGGAAACGGGCAGGUCGCCGUGGCGGCGAGGUUUUUGUCAGACUCACGGUGUUACUGGGGAGGCAGCCACCGCGG